CCUUAUAAGCCCCAGUUAUUAAUUGCGCUUUAAUUGUAAUACGACGUCGUAGAGAAGGAACUCGUUCGUCAUCUAAGCCAAGGACUAGGGUUCUCUGAGGGUACAGAACUAAACUUAAUCCGUUAAUCGUAGCAAAGAACUACACUCAGUGGUGAAAAUGGAGAAUCAAGAGCCUGAUAUCGAGAAAUUGCCUCGAGACGAUGUUCCUGAUAGAGAACCAGACCAUAAGAAGCUCAAGAUUUCGACCACCGGCCAGGAAACUGAUUCCUCGGCUGUUACCACCGGCGGAAGCAAUGUCGCUGAGCGUAGAGCGCCGAAAUACAGACGCCGGAAAGUCGCAAUCGUGUUUGCGUUCUGCGGAGUAGGGUAUCAGGGAAUGCAAAAGAAUCCCGGCGCCAAAACCAUUGAAGGCGAGCUCGAAGAGGCUUUGUUCCAUGCCGGAGCAGUACCUGAUGCUGAUCGGAACAAACCAAGAAAUUACGAAUGGGCACGAUCCGCUAGAACUGAUAAAGGAGUGAGUGCGGUGGGACAAGUGGUUUCUGGUCGUUUCUAUGUUGAUCCGCCUGGAUUUGUGGAGCGGCUCAAUUCGAAGCUCCCUGAUCAGAUUCGUGUGUUUGGGUACAAGCGUGUUGCACCGUCGUUUAGCUCCAAAAAAUUCUGUGAUCGGAGGAGGUAUGUGUAUCUAAUCCCGGUUUUUGCUUUGGAUCCAUGCGUACAUGGUGAAGCUGAGAUGGUUAGAACGGAUUUAGGUUACGAAUAUGUCAAAUGUGUAGAGUGCUCUGAGAAAGGCUAUAAGAUUCCACUUGGUGUUAUGGGUAAAGACACUGAUUGUUGUGAUACAAAAUCAUUGGAGAUUCAGUCAGACAUUUCGUCGAGCACCUGUGAUGCAAUAGGAGCUGAUGUCAAGUGUGAAACUUUGAGCUCUAGUGUACCUAGUGCAGAAAAUAACUUAAACUCAGAAGUUCUAGAUGGGGCUGAUGUAUCUGCUUUAAGCUCUAAAGCAGAGGGUAUGGAAGAAUCGAAUACUUUGGCUAAGGUAGAGAUGAACAAUGGGGAAGGAGAAGACAUGACUAAAAGCGAGAGCAAGUUCUGUUAUGGAGAGAAGGAAAAGGAGAGGUUUAACAGAAUACUAAGCUAUUAUGUUGGUUCACAUAACUUCCACAACUUCACCACCAGAACGAAAGCAGCAGACCCAGCUGCGAAUCGUUACAUUCUCUCUUUCAAUGCAAACACAGUGAUUAAUCUCGAUGGAAAAGAUUUUGUCAAAUGUGAAGUUGUUGGACAGAGCUUCAUGCUUCAUCAAAUCCGGAAAAUGAUUGGACUUGCUGUUGCUAUCAUGAGGAACUAUGCUCCUGAAUCACUGAUCGAAGCUUCUUUCAAGAAGGAUGUGAGAAUAAAUGUACCGAUGGCGCCAGAAGUUGGAUUAUACCUUGAUGAAUGCUUCUUCACGUCUUACAACAAAAGGUUUAAAGGCAGUCAUGAGGAGGUGUCAAUGGAAGAGUACAAGGAAGUAGCUGAAGAGUUCAAAUGGAAGUAUGUUUAUUCACAUAUUGGCUCUGCUGAAGAAAAAGAUGGAGCUGUGGCGAUUUGGUUGCAUUCUCUGAACCAGAGAAACUAUCCUGAUCUACGAAGCAAUGAAUACCAACCGGAUGAAGUCAUUGUCUAUAAGAAGAUUGGUGAAGCCUCUGAAGAAAAUAUCCAUGAAGGCAAUGCUGAGCUAUUCGUUGUCGAUAAGGUGAAUGAUGAAACCUCUGAAGGAACGACUAUGGAAGAGAGGACCACACUAGAGGAGAAGGCAACAGGGUGAAGCCGCUUUUAUCUACUGCGGAUCACAGGAUUAAGGUGGAAGCAUCAAGCUUCACCCGCAGGUCCAAACUGGACUAGUGAGCCAGAUGAGUACCAUUUGGACAUUUGUUUCAGUGUGUCCUUUUGAGUUUUGUCUCUCAUGACAAAAUUUUGGAAACUCAAGUAAUGAAUGUGUUACCAUUGUGACAUUUUGAUCUUAUUAUAAUGUUAUCGAAUAAGUAUUGGCUAUGCCUAUAUUAUUUUUAUCCUUUUUAGGAAAGCCAUUCAAAC